AGAGCGAGGAGAGGCCUGUGAGGAACACUGACGGCGACAGAAAAUAGCAAGAAGACUGAGUUGUUUGGGGAGAUACAAUCCAGGACGGGGCAGAGGACGCAGCACUCCAUCUAAUGCGCCAACAAUUACAAUUCUGGAGACGAGUUAGUGAGAGAAUAUAGUAGACAGAGGUUCCAGGUGUUCACAGAUCAUACGGAAUAAGAUCUAUGGAAAUUUAUAGGGUGAACCAAGGACCCCGGCAUUGAUCCCCAUUCUAUGGCUAGAAUCCACACGGGAGUAUUCAUUUCUGAUUCCCUAUAGGAUUGUUACAUACUGUGACUCCUGCGGCCAUCCGGCAUCAACCAAGACCCUAUAACGCUACAUCUACUUCCUAGUGACUGGUCGCCGAACUUCACGAAAUCCCAUAUUUAAUUCCGAGGGGGAAAACAAAAAAAAGGAAUUUGAGGCAUUAUUGGUUUAAGAAUUAUGGAUCACAAUUUCAUGACUCGUCACUGACAGAAGAUAAGAAGAUGGUGUCUCGUCUUGUCUCCCUUGGUCUCCUCAUUGGGGUCUGCUUGGCCGAACCAGAUGCUCAUUUUGAUCCAUCUAGUUGCCGGUAUGCCUUGGGGAUGCAGGACAGGACCAUCCAUGAUGAGGACAUCACAGCGUCCAGCGCAUGGUCUGACUCUACAGAAGCCAAGCACAGCAGACUGGAAAGCAACGAUGGCGACGGCGCCUGGUGCCCAGCUGGGCCCGUCUAUCCUAGCAAUGAAGAAUAUCUUCAGAUAGACCUGAGGAGCCUGUAUUUCCUCACCCUUGUCGGAACGCAAGGUCGAGACAGUGGAGGACUGGGCAAAGAAUUUGUCCGACAUUACCAGCUACGUUACAGCAGAGACGGUUACAAGUGGGCGCAGUGGAGGGAUCGGUGGGGGAAUGAGGUGAUAGUUGGAAACGAGAACACACAUGACCUUGUGUUGAAGGACCUGGGACCCCCAGUUAUUGCCCGCUAUGUCCGGUUCUACCCCAUGGCUGAUCGAGUCAUGAGCGUCUGCUUGAGAGUGGAACUAUAUGGAUGUGUUUGGCAAGAUGGACUCCGCUCAUACACCUCUCCACCUGGGGACAUCAUGAACCUUGGAUCAGGGUUGGGGAUGGUCAAUCUAAAUGACUCCACAUAUGAUGGAUUUACAGUCGGAGGGUUGCAUUAUGGAGGAUUAGGUCAGCUGACCGAUGGCGUUAUUGGGGCAGAUGAUCUCCUCCAGCACAAAGAGCAGGGUGUCUGGCCUGGGUACGAUUAUGUUGGUUGGAAUGAGGCCAAUUUCCCAUCCGGAUACCUGGAAAUGGAGUUUGAGUUUGAUGCUCUGAGAUCAUUUACAUAUAUGAGGGUACACGCCAAUAACAUGCACUCCAGAGGGGUCCAAGUCUUCCGCCGUGUGGACUGUUACUUUAAGCGCACCUUGCAUCUUCCCUGGGACCCCACUCCGGUCACUCUAUCUCUGGCAAUGGAUGUCCGCGACCCAAGCGCCCGGACUGUCACCAUGCCCCUGUCCGGCAGGCUGGCCAGAAUCCUGCGCUGUCAUUAUUACUUCUCCAGCCCGUGGCUGCUCUUCAGCGAAAUCUCAUUUCUUUCUGAUGUUCUGGACUCAUCAGAACCAGAGGACCCAAGUCCCCUCCCCCAGCCACGGGAAGCCACGCUGCAACCUCCCACAACAGAGGUGCCACAGGGAACCAGCCAGAAAACUGUGCAGACUACCGUAGGCAGCUCCAGCGAAAGUGUUCAUGAAGCUGUAAGUGUUAACCGGUUAAACCUACCAAUUGUGAAGGACGAGAGCAGCAAUACCUCUAUUCUGAUUGGCUGCCUGGUGGUCAUAAUCCUGCUCCUAUUGGUCGUCAUUAUCCUUAUUCUGUGGAGGCAGCGCUGGAAGAGAUUGCUGGGGAAGGCCCAGCACCGUCCCUCAGACAGCGAUCUCACCGCCCACCUGUCCCUUCCCUCUGACACCGUAGUGAUCAACAACACCCAGAACCUUUCGCUGUCGUCUAGACAUGGCAGCCGCUACGAGCGCAUCCUAACCUCAGAGGGGGAGUACCAAGAGCCGAACCACAACCCCCUUGCCAAGAUGGCUACCCUGUGCCCAAAUUCUGACGGGGCAGCUCUGCUGUUAAACAACCCAGCCUAUGAGCUCCUGCUUUCCACCUACAGCCGGCCAAUCACAGAGCCUGGUGGCGCGCAGGCUAAGCCAAUCAACAGCCAGGAUGGUGGCUACAGAGAACUUGGGACCCCUAAGCUGCCCAUGGUGGUCCCCCCAAGUGUCCCUCACUAUGCAGAAGCCGAUAUAGUUACCCUGCAGGGGGUGACAGGGGGUAAUACCUACGCUGUGCCUGCCCUGACCGCUGACACUCUCACCUCCAAAGAGCUGCCCCUCAGCAAAUUCCCCCGUGGGCACCUUCUAUUUCGGGAGAAGCUGGGGGAAGGGCAGUUUGGGGAGGUUCAUCUGUGUGAGGUUGUGAAUCCCCAAGAGCUGCCGGUUCUCCAGUUCCCAUUCAACAUGCGCAAAGGGCAGAGUCUUCUUGUGGCGGUGAAAUUACUUCGGGCCGAUGCCAAUAAAAAUGCCAGGAGCGAUUUCUUAAAGGAACUGAAGAUCCUGUCCCGUCUGAGCGACCCUCACAUCAUCCGCCUGUUGGGGGCCUGUCUGGAUGAGGACCCCCUGUGCAUGAUAACCGAGUACAUGGAGAACGGAGACCUCAACCAGUUUCUUAGUUCCCACGAAUUGGCCGAGGAGGACGAGCGUAUGGAGGAUGGACACAAUCCUCCCUGUAUCAGUUACCCCAGCCUCCUCUAUGUGGCCCUGCAGAUCUGCUCUGGUAUGAAGUAUCUCUCCUCACUUAACUUUGUUCACCGGGACCUCGCCUCUCGAAACUGCCUGGUGGGCGAAAACCUCACCAUUAAGAUAGCCGACUUCGGAAUGAGCCGCAACUUGUACGCCGGAGAUUACUACCGCAUACAGGGCCGGGCGGUACUGCCGAUACGGUGGAUGGCCUGGGAGUGUAUACUGAUGGGUAAAUUCACCACCGCCAGCGACGUCUGGGCCUUUGGCGUGACGUUAUGGGAGAUUUUCAUGUUGUGCAAAGAGCAGCCGUACGGAGAGCUGAACGAUGAAGACGUCAUUGACAAUGCUGGGGAGGUUUUCAGAGACAGUAAGAAACAGAUCUAUCUCUCCCGGCCCCCGCCCUGUCCUCAAUCCCUCUACGAGAUAAUGCUGCAGUGCUGGGCCAGAGACUGCAGGGAGCGGCCAUCUUUCCAGGAUAUCCACGCUCUGCUCACCUCUCACGCCCUCUGCUGCUCGACCGUGGAAGUGAAAGAGUAACCCUGCCACCAUACAGGACACUUUACAUCGCCUAUGUCAUCGUUUUAACCCCAUACUGCCAUGUCUGUUCCUAUAGCCAGCCAUUCUUAUCUAUACGGCCUAUGGGACAUAAGGAGACUUCAUGUGUUCAUCCUCCUCUUCAAGCCUUCAUCCCAGACAACUAUUCCGCUGCCACGUGUCUUCUCAGCCUGUCAUACACACUGGAUAUCCCAGGGUAGACCUAUAUGAUCUACUUGUGCAUACAAUGUGAAACGCCGGAUUCGGAUCCAUAUACAAGCUAUACUCCGUACACUGGAUUUGUCAGGACAAUAUGGUGGCCCAUUCAUGGAGCUUAUCAUCCUAUAAACUCACCACAAUGGAGUCCACCCUCUUCAUAUGUCCCCUGCACCAGGGCGCACAGGAUAUGGAACACAGAUUGUGUAAGAGCGCUUAAAGGAAUUGUCCACUUUACACAAGACCUAAUGGGGCAUAGGGAAAUAAUAGAAACGGUCAGUGCUUAAUUUUAGUGUUGAGCGGCAUAAGCCAUAUUCGAAUUCGCGAUAUUUCGCGAAUAUAUGGACGAAUAUUCGUCAUACAUUCACAAAAUGUGCAUAUUCGUAAUAUUCGUGUUUUAUUUUCGCAUAUGCGAAAAUGUGCAUAUGUGAAAAUUAGCAUAUGCAAAAAUGUGCAUAUAUAAAAAUUUGCAUAUGCGAAAAUUCGCAUAUGUGAAAAUUAGCACAUGCGAACAUUUGCAUAUAAAAAAAUUUGCAUAUGUGAAACUUCGCAUAUGCAAAAAUUUGCAUAUGCUGAUUUUUGCAAAUGCGAAAAUUCGCACGCCGGUCUCACACAGUAGUAUUAGAACCUUCUUUACGCCACACAAGCUGGAAGCAGAGAGGGAUGAUCACUGUGAUGUGUACUGUGAAAAAAAAAACGAAUAUUCGUAAUUGCGAAUAUAUAGUGCUAUAUUCGCGAAUAUUCGCGAAUUUGCGAAUAUACUAUAUUCGCAAAUAAAAUUUGCAUUGCGAAUAUUCGCGAGCAACACUAGCGCUUAUUAGAUAGAGUGGACCAUUCUCAAUCUGGAGGAUCUAACAUUAGGGAAGUGUUUCCCAAUCAGGGCGCCUCCAGC